AUGAAGACUACUGCUCUCUUGACCGCUGGCCUGCUGGCCACCUCUGCUAUGGCCGCUCCUCUGACGGCCAAGCGCCAGGCUGCUCGGGCCAAGCGCUCCACGAACCGCCAGAGCAACCCGCCCUUCAAGCCUGGCACCAACGAGGUCCUUACCCUCAAUGGUACCAAGAAUGUCGAGUACAGCUCCAACUGGGCUGGUGCCGUCCUGAUUGGCACUGGCUACACUGCCGUGACCGCCGAGUUCGUCGUGCCCACCCCCUCGGUGCCCUCUGGUGGCUCGAGCCGCGAGGAAUACUGUGCCUCCGCCUGGGUGGGCAUUGACGGUGACACCUGUGACACCGCUAUCCUCCAGACCGGUGUGGACUUCUGUGUCCAGGGCAGUGAGGUGAGCUUCGACGCCUGGUACGAGUGGUACCCCGACUACGCCUACGACUUCAGCGACAUCUCCAUCUCGGCCGGUGAUACCAUCAAGGUCACCGUCGAUGCCAGCAGCGACACCACUGGUACCGCCACGAUUGAGAAUGUGAGCACCGGUACCACGGUCACCCACAGCUUCACUGGGGGUGUUGAUGGCGACCUGUGUGAGUACAACGCUGAGUGGAUUGUCGAGGACUUCGAAGAGGAUGACUCCCUGGUUCCCUUUGCCGACUUUGGCACCGUGGCUUUCACCAGCUGCUCCGCUACCAAGGAUGGCUCGUCCGUUGGUCCUGAGGAUGCCACCAUCAUCGACAUCGAGCAGAGCGAGGUUCUGACCUCCGUUUCCGUCACCGAUAGCGAGGUCGUUGUCAAGUACGUCUAA